AUCACUCCCCGUGCGAGGUGGCAAAUGCAACAUGCUCUCCAGCCUGGGGUGUCUCCUUCUCUGUGGAAGUAUUGCACUAGCCCUGGGAAAUGCACAGAAAUUGCCAAAAGGUAAAAGGCCAAGCCUGAAAGUCCACAUCAAUACCACGAGUGACUCCAUCUUCUUGAAGUUCCUCCGUCCAAAUCCAAAUGUAAAGUUGGAAGGUUUUCUCCUGGGAUACGGAAGCAAUUUAUCGCCAAACCAGUAUUUCCCUCUCCCAGCGGAAGGGAAAUACACUGAGGCUGUAGUUGAUGCAGAGCCUAAAUAUCUGAUCGUUGUGCGGCCUGCACCCCCUCCAAGCCAAAAGAAAUCAUGCUCAGGUAAAACGCAUACUCGCAAACCUCUCCAGUUGGUGAUUGGCACUCUGACAUCCAGUUCUGUCUUUCUGUCCUGGGGUUUCCUCAUCAACCCACACCAUGACUGGACACGGCCGAGUCACUGUCCCAACAACAGAUUUUAUACAAUUCGCUACAGAGAAAAGGAUAAGGAAAAGAAAUGGGUUUUUCAACUCUGUCCAUCCACUGAAACAAUUGUGGAAAAUCUAAAGCCCAACACAGUUUAUGAAUUUGGAGUGAAAGACAAUGUGGAUGGUGGAAUCUGGAGUAAGAUUUUCAAUCACAAGACUAUUGUUGGAAGUAAAAAAGUAAAUGGGAAAAUCCAAAGUACCUAUGAUCAAGUCAACAAAGUGCCAGCAUAUGUCCCAAGAAAGCCAAUCCCAAUAACGAUCAUCAAGCAAGUGAUUCAGAAUGUUACUUCAAUUAAAUCUCCAUAUAAGACUCCCUUGGGAGAAACAAUAGUAGUCCAUCUUAUUGUUCCAGGUCUGAAUGACACCACCAUAAAACUUCCCACAUCCAUAAUGCUUGAGAUCUCUGAUGCAAUCAAGUCACAGUUGGCUAAGAAUGAAACCCUGGUGUUACCUGCAGAAUCUAAAACACCAGAAGUAGAAAAAAUUCCAGCACAGCCCAUAACAGUGACUCCUGAAACAGUUCCAAGAACCACUAAAUCCUCUGUGCCUAGUGCAUUAGACAUUUCAGAAGCAGUACUAGCUUCAAGUGAAAAGCCAUGGAUCGCACCUACAACUAAAAUGUCUGAAGAUUCCAAAGUUCUGCAGUCUCAAACUGCAACAACUUACGAUAUACCACCUGUUUUUGCAAGCCCCACAGCAUCAGAUGAGCCUGAUAUAUCAGAGCCCCAUACAGCAACAAGUGAUCCUAUUCUGGAUUCUGUCCCACCUAAAACUUCUAGAACUCUUGGAGGGCCAAGGGCAACACUGGCUCUAAGUGAAACAUCAUUUGUUCCUCAAAAAUUGGAAAUCUUAACAACUCCUGAAAUACAAUCUACAACACCUGCUCCACAGCCAGCUACAUCUAUUCCUUCUACACCUAAACGACGCCAAAAGCCCAAACCAUCAAGAACCAAAACUGAAAGAACAACAAGGCCUGGAAAAAUUACAUCCAAAAUUUCUAAAAUCCCUGAACCUACACAUACGACACUGGCUCCCAGUAAAACACAAUUUAUUUCUUUGAAACCUAAACUCUCCCUCAGCCCAGAAGUGACACACACCAAAGCUGCCCUGGAACCUCAGACUGCACCACCAUCACAGUCAACAAUAGGCUUGGAACCUGAAACAUUGGGAGCCAAACCUUCAACAACAUUAGCUCCCAAAAAGAGAAAACGACCAGGUCACCGUCUUCGCCUUAAAGCUACACAUAGUCCAGAAGUGCCCAAGUCCAAAUCUGCUCUGGAACCUGCUACCAUAAAGCCGGAGCUCUUGGUGCCCACAAUCGUUCCUGCUGCAGGCAUUGAACCUGUCACUCUGAGGACUGAGGCUCCAGAAACAUUAGUUCCAAAAAAAACCCAGCGAACACGAAAACGCCGCCCACGUCCUAAACCUAAACCCACACGGAGCCCAGUGGCAUCUCAGACCAAACUAGACUUUGAGCCUGUUACUCCUGGGACAUCUUUAGCUCCAACAACAACAAAAAUGACCCAUCCUCUGCAUCCCAAACCUAAACCCACCCUCCAUCCUGAAGUACCUCAGACCAAACUGGUCCCUGCCACAAUCCUUGAACCAGUUAUUGUUAGAACUGAGGCUUCAGGGACGACACUAGCUCCCAAAAUGCCUCAACGAACUCGCCGUCCGCCUCACAAACCUAAACCCAGACCAAGACCUCAAGCACCUCAGAUCAAACUGGUUCCUUCUACAGACCUUAAACCUGUUACUCUUAGACCCGAGGCUUCAGGAACAACAUUAGCUUCCAAAACAUCAGAAUGGACCCAUCGUCCCAGACUUACAACCAUACCAAGUCCUGAAGCACCUGAGUUAAAAUCAGUUCCUACUGAAGACCUUGAACCUGUUACACUCAGAACUGAGGCUCAGGUGACAACACAAGCUCCUAAAACACCACAAUGGACCCGUCGUCAACGUCUCAAACCUAAAAAGAAAACAACUCCUGAAGCACCUCUAACUCAAUCGGAUAAAUUUCCUGCUACUGAUCUUGAACCUGUUGCUCUUGGAACUGAAGCUCCAGAAACCAUGGUUCUUACUACAGUCCUUGAACCUGUCACUCUUAGAACUGAGGCUCCAGAAACAACAUUAGGCCCCACCACUCAGAGAACACGUCGUCCGCAUCCCACAUCUAAAACCACAUCAAGCCCUGAAGCACCUCAGACCAAACUGGUUGCUGCUACAGGCUUUGAACCUGUUUUUCAUAUUUCUGAGGCUCCAGAGACAACAUUAGCUUCCAUUGAACUGCAAACUCUUAUUUUGAAACCAGUGAUGUCACCAAGCCUAGAAAUGCCACAAAGUCAACCUGUUUCUGAUGUCCUGGAAUCGAUUACAUUUAGCCCUGAGUCAUCAAUGGAGACUAUAGCGCCAGCCGAAACACAUUAUGUUUAUCCCACCCCCAAAGCACCGCUCAGGCCAGAGGAGCCAAAGACUGAAGCUGUUGUGGAAUCUAUCACAAAUGUGUCUGAACCACCUGAGACCACGCUAGAAACAUCACCCCUACCUUCCAAAACUAUAAUCCUACCUAGUCCAGACAAGCUUCAGACCAAACCUCCUCCCAAGCAGACACCUCGUGCUCCUCCGAAGCCAAAAGCAUCGCCACGCCCAAGAAUCCCAGAAACACAGCCAGCUCCUAAGGAGUCCCAGCGUGUUACUUCAAAACCAAAAAUGUCACCAAGCCCAGAAGUGUCAUACACUACACAUGUUUCAGGAGAUGUGCUCCUUCCCCGUAAACCAGAUCCCGAGGUCUCUCAGAGUGAACCUGUUCUGCAACCCAUUACCGUUAGAACUGAUCCACCAAAGACAACAAUAGCUCCUUUAGAGACACGGGGCAUCCCUUUUAUACCUAUGAUUUCACCUAGUCCCAGUCAAGAGGAGCUACUAACCACUCAGGCAGAAACAGACCAAUCCACCCAAGAACACUUCACAACUAAGAUUCCCCGAACAACUGAAUUGGCAAAGACAACUCAAGCACCACACCGAUUGUACACUACUCCUGCGAGGCCCAGGACAACUGACAGAUCACAGAUCAGACCUGUUACGAAUAGGACAACUGCAAAACUUAGACCCAAACCCAGUGGGAUGCCCGAAGGGAAUGGAGUGAAAAUAGGGUCCAAGGAGGCCGUCCCUGGAGACAUUGGUGUUGGUAGAAAUGUGUCAGUGGACUCAGCCCGCUCCACCAAAAAACCAGGCACUCGCCGCCGACCCUUGCCACCUAGACCUACACCACUACAAAGAAAACCUUUACCACGAAAUAAUGUCACCGGAAAGCCAGGAAGUGCAGGAAUCAUUUCGUCAGGCCAAGUAACUUCCCCACCCUUGAGGGCAACACUCGGGCCUACUGGAGCCGCCUCAGAGAAAACAGAGACAGAUAAAAAGCAACCAACAGUUCCCGCCUCCGGAGAAGAAUUUGGUAAUGUAACUGACUUUAGCUCAAUCCCAACAAGAGAAACUGAUCCUCUUGGGAAGCCCAGAUUCACAGGUCCCCAUGUGCGAUACAUCCAAAAGCCUGACAACCGACCUUGUUCCAUCACCGACUCUGUCAAGCGGUUCCCCAAAGAGGAGGCUAUGGAGGGGAACGCCACCAGCCCGCCGCAGAACCCACCCACCAAUCUCACUGUGGUCACCGUGGAAGGGUGCCCCUCAUUUGUCAUCUUAGACUGGGACAAGCCACUAAACGACACUGUCACUGAAUAUGAAGUUAUAUCCAGAGAAAAUGGGACAUUCAGUGGGAAGAACAAGUCCAUUCAAAUUACAAAUCAAACCUUCUCCACAGUAGAAAAUCUAAAACCAGACACAAGCUAUGAAUUUCAGGUGAAACCCAAAAACCCGCUUGGUGAAGGCCCAGCCAGCAGCACAGUGACAUUCAGUACAGAAUCAGCGGACCCUAGGGUGAGCGAGCUAGUUUCUGCAGGAAGAGACGCCAUCUGGACUGAAAGACCCUUUAAUUCAGACUCUUACUCAGAAUGUAAGGGCAAGCAGUAUGUCAAAAGGACGUGGUAUAAGAAGUUCGUAGGGGUGCAGCUAUGCAACUCUCUCAGGUACAAGAUUUAUCUGAGCGACUCCCUCACAGGAAAAUUCUAUAACAUAGGUGAUCUGAGGGGUCAUGGAGAAGAUCACUGCCAGUUCGUAGAUUCAUUUUUAGAUGGACGCACGGGACAGCAACUCACUUCUGAUCAGUUACCUGUCAAAGAAGGCUAUUACAGAGCAGUUCGCCAGGAACCUGUCCAGUUUGGAGAAAUAGGUGGUCACACUCAAAUCAAUUAUGUCCAGUGGUAUGAAUGUGGGACGGCAAUACCCGGGAAAUGGUAAAUUCUGCAACCAUGCUGAAAAGUGCCUUUUAUUCAUUACGGCAAACACAAAAAAGGGACAGUAUGGUAUUUGUCACAUUCAUUUAAAGCUGUUUUGUUUACUAUGUAUAAAAAUUUAAAGUUUAAUUAAUAGCAAUAGUAGAUGUUUAUUAGAAAAACUGCUGAGAAUAUUUAUCAGGUUUUUACAAAGUCAUUUUAUGAAUGCAAGAUUAUUAACGAGAGCAACAUUUUUUGGGGAAGCUGGCUCCCUAUUCAUGGUAUUUUAAGAGAUCAUUUGUAUAUUAUUUAUCACACUGUUGUAAUGAUGUUUUGAGAUACUUUUAUGACAAAAUUAGCAUCAAAAAACUUUAAUAUACUUUUUGAAAGAUACUUACGUCUUUUGUUAAUGUAUACGCUUUCUACUGGUGAGUUGCUUCCAUAAAUCUCUACUUACUUUAACUUAUUGGAUCAAAUUAUCUUCAGCAUAUGUAUCUGGGGGAAAAAAGUCCUAAUAUUCAUAUUUAAACAACUUCAAUUUUUUUAGCCACAGCUGAAUAGCUUUUCUGAAGAGCUUAAGUAAACAUUCAUACUAAUAUGCCUGUCUUUAAAUGUUUGCAAAUUACUGAAAAGAUUUUGUUUGACUCCGUGAAUUUCAUUUCAGCUGAAAAUGAAAUAGAGAAUCUGAUAUAUUCAGUUUCAAAAAAAUGUUUUGAUAUAUUCAGUUUCAAAAGAUAUGUUUUGUUUUCUCUACCCAGAUAUGUUGUAAUGUCUGAGAGUGUACUUUUUGUCAAACUAUACCUUUAAGCAAUUGUCUUCCUCAUGUUUUUAAUCUGAUCUAAUCAAGUUGUAUGGAGAGAUGGAAUGUGAAGUCUGAGCACAGAAAGAUAAUGCAUCGUGAGCGCCUUGCUAUUUAGUAUGUAUUUAUAUAUAAGAUCUCUAUGCACGAAUACAUAAGAUGUUUUCUUAGUU